UUUUCUUUCUUUUUUUUUUUUUUUUUUGAGGCAGUGUUUCACUCUGUUGCCCAGGCUAGAGUGCAGUGGCAUGAUCAUGGCUCACUGCAGUCUCGACCUCCUGGACUCAAGUGGUCCUCCUGCCUCAGCCUCCCUGUAGCUGGGACUAUAAACGACAUGCCACUGUGCCUGGAUAAUUUUUUAAAAAUUCUUUUUGUAGAGACGGGGUCUCACUAUGUUGCCCAGGCUGGUUUUGAACUCCUGGGCUCAAGCAGUCAUCCCACCUCGGCCUCUCAAAGUGCUGGGAUUACAGGUGUAAGCCACUGCAGUGGAUGAUUUUUUUUUUUAUUCUGUUGUUCAAAACUCCUUUUACUCUCAAGCACAUAUCUGACACCCACAGUCAGUCUGUUAGUCUCUUUCUCUGUGAAAUGUCUGGUUGUUAACCUGAGGGUCCAAGGAACAGGAGAGGCAGAGUCUGGCUAGUAGUAACAGUGUUCCCAGUUAGAAGCUUCAGUUCAGUUCUAAGUCUGCCCACCUUCCCUUUACCCGCCCAAGCUUUAGGAGAAAACAGCUCACCUGAUUACCACCUAAUCCACCUGUAUGUCCUUGGGCAAGUUAAACUCUGCAUGUUACUCUGCCUUUCUGUAAAAUGAGAACAUCUACUGGAUAACAUUGUGGUGAUGGUUAAACUAGAUAAUGUAUGGGAACUGUCCUUAAGGAAGCAGUCUCCUGUCACUUGCUUUUAUGUUCCAAACAGUUGUCUUCACCACCUCUUUUAGACUCUACCUUCAUAUAGGAAGAGAGAAGCCACAGGGGAAAAUAAUUGAGAGGUUGCUCUUAUCAACAACAACAAAAAUCCUGUAAGGCUUUAAUGAGGCAUAGGGCAUUACUGGUUUGAUACUUCCCAGCAGAGUGCAAUACCAAAAGCAAAACCAAAGAAAUAGUCCCCUUUGAAAACAUGAAGCUCCCAAUGCUGCAGACUAGUGAAGGCCACAGAGGGUGGGAGCAGAACUUACCAAAGAAGUUCCCAGAGACUGCUCAAAAUACUGUGAAGUGGACAGCAAAUGAAAUAUGGCUCGUUGCUGUUAAAAGUUUCUCCACAGUUGAAACUGAGGACCUAUGUGUAAAGAGUCUGGAACAACACCUGACCUAAAAGAUCCUCAACAGCAGGGAGGGAGAGCAUCAGGAUAAAUAGCUGUUGCAUGCUGGGCUUAAUAUUUAGGUGAUGGGUUGAUAGGUGCAGCAGACCACAACAGCACAUACUUCUUAUCUAUGUAACAAACCUGUACAUUCCACACAUGUAUCCCGGAACUUAAAAUCCUCAACACAUUUUAAUUCUCUUCUCUCAUUUUCAAAUCCACUCUCAGUGACUUUUCUGAACAUUCAACUCAUCUAUUCAUUCCUUUAAUUCAGCUGAUAGGCACUGUGCUAGGUAUCAGGGGUACACAUGGGUACACAUCAGUACUCUUUUAGAUAUUUGGGACAAAUAAUAAGAUGCAUUCCAUACCUUUAAGCAGCUCUUGCAUCCUUAAUAAGAAGCAUAUGCAAAAAAUAACUGCAACUCAGAGAAAUGCAGUCAUAAAGGCAUAAGCUAGCUACAGUGGCAGUGCAAAAGAGAGUGUGGUAGCUUCUGCCUCAGUUGGUCAGGGAAGAUUUCAUGAGAGGGCCAUUAAGUUAAUUGUUGAAGGAUGAAUGGAAAUCCACUGGACAGCCUGCCAGGUAUUCUAGGCAAACACAUGCAACAGUAUCAAAUAUGAUUUUGAUGUGGCUCGCGCAUAGGGCAUAUGGGUAGGCAGGAGGGCAGGGCAAGGACAUGCAGAGUCCAUGUUGUGUAUUCAGGAGUGCACAUGGAUUCUGGAGGUGAUGAGAGGAUAUUUCAAUCCUUUAAACAUGGAAGCCACUGGGCAAAAUCAUUUUAGAAAGAUUAUUCUGACAGCAAAUUUGGAGAGUGGGUGGGAGAAGGGAAGACAUGAGGCAAAGAGAUCAGGAAGGAAGAAUGAACAGGUAAGAGCUGUUGAGGAGCAGUGUGUGAACUCCGGCAGUGGCAGUAGGAAUGGAGAGGAAGGAAUGGAGAACCACUGUGGAGCUGGACUAAGCCAGAUCGCGUAAGUCAUGUAGGCGCCUGAGGAGCAUCCUGAUGGAGCCAGGGCCUCUACGGGCCUCAUCCUACCCUUGUGCAGGUCAGAGUCCUUUUUCUUUAAAACACUUUUAUUUUGAAAAGAGUUGUAAUAACAUUAAUUUUAUUAGAACUAGAGACUUUACUGUCAUCUACCAGAAAAUUGUCCUGUAUAUAAAUCAUGUAAGUUUGGAAUCAACAGUUACAAUUUUAAUUUUUUUUAACUUCAAAACAAUGAUGUCUGCAAUGUGGUGUCCCCUUUCUUCGCUGUACCCAGCCUGAGUGGCAACAUGCUGCGACCCUAGUUACAUGUAUGGAAUAGGCAGCUAAACACCAGCGGCCCUCUGCUUAUGCGAGUUCCAUGGGUUUCAACCAAAUGCAGAUUGAAAAUAUUCAGAAAAAAAAAAUGGAUGGUUGUGUGUGUACUGAACAUGGACAGAUCUUUUCUUGUCAUUGUUCCCUACACAAGACGAUAUAACAGCUAUUUAUGUAACAUUUACAUUGUAUUAGGUAUUAUGAGUAAUCUAGAAUGAUCUAAACUACGCAGGAGUUGGGCCUGGGCGGAGAGGGCGAGCGCAUAGCAAAUGGAGGCUGGGCCUAAUCCCUAAGGGAUGGGUUGAUCUGUGCAGCAAACCACCAUGGCACACGUUUACCUAUGCAACAGACCUGCAAAUCCUGCACAUGUACUGAAAUUAAGAGUUGAAGAUUAAAAGAAAAAUUCAGUCGAAUAAAAAAUAAUAAAGUAUAUGGGAGGAUGUGUGUAGAUUAUAUGCAAAUACUACACUGUUUUACAUUAAGGACUUGAACAUCUGUGGAUUUUGGUAUCUGGGGGGGUCCUGGAAUCAAUUCCACAUGGAUACUAAGGGAGACUGUAUAUGGGUUUGAGGGCAGAAGAGAGGGAGUAUAGAGCACCCCAAAUGGGGAAAAACCUCUGGGAAGUACGAAAAUUCAAGGAAUAAUUGGGAAAAAACAGAACACUUAAAGGUGAAAUCUUGAAAUGUCUUCUGCCUUCACCUCAGUAACAGUUCUCAGACAGGUUGAUGGUCAUAUAGCUGCCAUUUUUGUACUUCAUACACUGAGACUUCCAACCUGCCUUUCAUGUGCCGGGAUUAGAUUUUAUGCAUCUGCCCCCAAGUCAGCACGGUGAUGCUGCCUGCUGGUCAACAACUUUCUGCAGCAGUGCCAUCUUUGCACCGCAGUACUUGGGCAGCUGUUUUAAUGCCUGACCCUUGUUCUAAAAAAAUGAGAGAAGACCCUUACAUCAAUAUGUUGUUACUAAUGAUAAGGAACUCAGGUCUCAAAUGAAUACAACUUAGGAUGGAAGCCACUGGUGUUCAGAAAGCAGUACAUCUUUUAGCCUCAAUAACUACUCAUUUUCACAAGUGAAAAGAAAUAAGGAAAAUGUGAGUAUAGAACCAAUAUUGGAAAUAUUAUUGAACAUGGGGGUCUAUUUCUUUUUCCUUUUGAUGCUGGAAGCUUCCUCAUAUUUGACUUAAGUAGGUCUGACUUUCUCUGUCCACCCAGCAUCUGGUUGUGCCUCAGUCACCAUCCUUCAUUCCUUUUCCUUCUCAGUCGCUUAAAUCACAAUUCCUUGGGGCUCUGUCUUUUGACCGCUUAUCUCUAUACAGAUAGAUCUUGCAAUUUCCAUGAUUCCCACUACAAGCUUAUUGUAGAGGCCCCCUCUCUAGACCUCUGGCUCUGACCCCUCUCUUAAAUCUGACCUCUCCCCUUCGGCUGCCUGCCUGACAUCUUCCUUUGCUUGCCCAACCAAGAGUAUGUCCUAGCAAAAUUUCUGCAAAAAUAAACUCUUCUGCCUCAUAUUCUUGUUUUACUAAUGGCAUCACCAUUCUUUUAGCAUUUCUAGUUUCUUCUGCUGCACCUGAAAUCAGCAUAUCAUACACUGAUGUACCUGUGAUGGAUUCUUUCACAGUCUUCUUCCACUUUCCAUCUUUACUGCCAUCGCCUCAGGUUGGGCCUCACUACCUCUAAAUGAUGCUCCUCUAAUAGUCUCCCCAUCUUCAAUAUCUCUCUACACUUAUCUGUGCAGAAAGUGGUAGCAGAGCGUACUUCUAACCUUGAGUUCCAAACUUUUUAUCAUGCUACUCCCGAUAGCCCGCCACAUUCAGGAGAGACUUGGGUUUCCUGACCCAGGCUAACCCACAGGAUCCCCCCCGGAUAAGAGGCCCUUCUUUACUGGGGUAGCUAGUACCGGCGAUAAAGUAAGUUUUGAGCUGCCCAAGAGUAAAAGUCAAGACAGGAAAGCAAAGUCUAGAAGCGAACAGAUAAAUUAGAGCACUUUUGAGCGUCUGAAGCCACCUAGGUCUAAAGCUGCUGCAGCCCCUGGACUUCCUAGUUACCUAACCUAGUUAACUCUGUUCUGCUGGUUUAGGGCUGGGUUUCCCUCCCUUGCAGUGGAUCAAAUCCUAACUGGUAGAGCAUUCAAACCUUUCAGCCCAUCCAACCCUACCCUUAAGAUGCUUCUCAAUCAUUAUCUUCCCAGGAAGUGGAGUGCGUUUUAAGUUUGCGUUUUGUCCACCCAGCAGAUCACCUCAACAGUUGAUUUAGAAGCUUUCUAGAAUAGUGUGGGUUGCUGCUCAUACUGUGGAGAUCUUAAGUUAUCAAACUACAAAAGUAAGUGUUAUGAAACUCAUCAGAAAGUAAAACUGAAGAAACUAUAAAGCCUGUUGUAGGAGUGGUUUGAUUUAAAUGUAACAAAUGAGGAAAUUCACUUCUUUGCACCCAGAAAGUGUUCAAGCUUGGACCUCUCCAUCCCCCCAUUGAGGGAUUAUUUAGUGAGAAUAACCCGUAUGAUUAUGGGGGUCCCUGAGAAGUGGAGGGCGAGUUGCAGCAUGUAUUAGGAGAGGUACUUGGGCAGUGAGGUUUGCCGAGCAAGUGCUUUUGUUGUUGUCGUUGCUUUUUGGUUGUUUUCUUGUUUUUUAAAAUUUAUUAAAACAAAACAAAACAAAAAACAAAAAAUGGGUCUUGCUACAUUGCCCAGGCUGGUCUUGAACUUCUGGGCUCAAGUGAUUCUCCUGCCUCAGUCUCCUAAAGUGCAGGGACUACCGGCAUGAACCACUGCACCUGGCCAGGAGAGCAAGUUUUAAAACAGGUCAGGUGCCGUAGCUUAUGCUUGUUGUAAUCCCAGUAUUUUGGGAGGCCAAGGCAGAAGGAUCAUUUGAGACCAGACUGGACAAUGUAGUGAGACCUUGUCGCUACUAAAAAUAAAUGUCAAAAAAUUAGCCUGGUGUGGUGGCAUAUACCUGUAAUCCCAGCUACUCAAGAGGCUGCGGUGGGGGGAUUUCGUAAGCCCGGGAGAUGAGGCAGCAGUCAGCUAUGAUAGCACUACUGCACUCCAACCUUGGCGAAAGAGCAUAAAAAAAAAAGUUUUAAAACUGAAGGUGCUUUUUUGUUGCUUUUCUCUUGGAUUAUGGGGAAAGCCACAUUCAGAGUGGAGUUUUAAUAUUUUUCCUUUUCUGUUGUAUUUCCCUUUAGUUACCCAGACUUCAGGAAAAUCUGACACUUGGGUACUGCUUAUAUGUGGUGGCAGAAAGUGAAGAGAGAGGCCAGUAUAGGACACAUGCCUGCCCCACAUUCACUUAAUGUUCCCAGAGUAGAGUUGUAGGUUGAUCUUAAAGGCAGCUUUGAUGAUUGACAGAUGAUCAGCUGCAGUUGUAGAAGAAUUAAAUCGCCAGUUUAUAUAUAAGAAGCCAGGUUAAAUGUUGGGCUGCGUAUGGGUGGGCUUCAGACUCAAAAAUGAAUAGAAGUGCCAGCCGGGCAUGGUGCUCAUGCAUCAUGGUGAAAUCCCCGUCUCCACUAAAAAACACAGAAAUUAGCGAGGCAUGGGAGCAUGAGUUUGUAAUCCCAGCUACUCGGGAGGUUGAAGCAGAAGAAUCUCUUGAACCCAGGAGGUGGAGGUUUCAGUGAGACGAGAUCUUGCCGCUACACACCAGCCUAGGCAACAGAGGGAGACUGCAUCUCAAAAAAAAAAAGUGAUAGAAGUACUGUCCCAUUGAUCUUACCUAAUGUGAUCAGGGAUAACACAGUAUCCAAGCUUCUCCUGACACCUAGCAAUUCAGAGCUGUGCAUUUAGAUAAAAUCUCUGUCCAGCCCUGUGAAAUAUGAGCAGAGGAGCAGAGGGGUGUGUGUGUGUGUGUGUGUGUGUGUGUGUGUGAAAGAGAGAGACAGAGACAGAAAAGGUGAAGGUUAUUAGUAGUAGGUUUUGGUAAUUAUUGGUAAAAGGCUGGAGGGGAAUCUGUGACUUUAUUUUUUUACCAGUGUCUCCAGAGCACCGGCAUAACUUUCCAGAUAGUCUUGAAAAAUUAACUGUUAUUCCGCAACAACAACAAAAAAGCAUCCUUUCCCAUACUCUCAUGAAGUUCGUGGCAACAAGAGUGGGAUUCUAUAAAGAGCCCAGGGUUUUCCUGUUUAGCCGCCCCUGGUCAGGAGCUCGUGUGUGAUUCUCCCAGAGACACUUCUCCAACCACAGGACAUUUCCCUGGACUCUGAUUCGUCCAUGAGUCCUCAGAAUAUUUUGCUACCAUCUUUCGAAAUAAUCCAUGCUAAGUAUUGAUCAUGAUUAGGAGUGUGGCGACACAGACCCCCUCAGGUGACCCUGUCUCUCUCCUGAUUGAAGAUCUGCCUCAGCAUUACUUGGUGGGGACUUUCCAGACCAACAGAAGCUGGAGGGAAAAGGCUGCGCUCCUGCCUCUGCUGCUGACUGGCUGUGCGUUCUGAGCCAGGUCCCUCGGUCUGAGUUUGUUUUUUCACCUGUGAGACAGGGAUGAUGAUAGUGGUGGUGGUGACAUUUGGGUUUUUUAAUUUUUAGAAUUUAUUUUGAGACAGAGUUUCCUCUCUGAUCUCAGCUCACUUCCACCUCUGCCUCCCAGAUUCAAGUGAUUCUCAUGCCUCAGCCUCCCGAGUAGCUGGCAUUACAGGUGCGCGCCACUACACCUGGCUGAUUUUUAUAUUUUUAGUACAAUUGGGGUUUGGCCAUGUCGGUCAAUCUGGUCUAGAGCCCCUGACCUCAGGUGAUCCACCCAUCUCGGCCUCCCAAAGUGCUGGGAUUACAGGCAUGAGCCACCACUCCCGGCCUGGUGGUGACAUUUGUUAUGUUCACCCAUGGAGGUCUUAGGGUUCUUGAACGGUAAGAUGGAUGUCAGAGCCAAAUGCCAACUUGAAAUCUGGAUGGAAAUGGCUCCCUCCAAGCCCGAGCCUCAGGGGAAGGCUCAGCAGUCACAGCCCACCAGUGCUCUCUCAGCUACCAACGCUGAUCAGAGUGGGAAGUGCUGCUGCUGCUGCCUGGAGAGGCACAGCCCUGACGGUUACGGAAGACAGUGGGCAGAUGUGGAAAAUCACCCAGAGAUUGCUGCUGACACUUCAUGUCUUCAGAACAUCACCCCUCUGUUUAUAGCUGGAGAGAGGGGCGCAGCCAGAGAAAGCCAGGAACAGGUUCCGGCUUCCAUCACUCAGGUACUCAGGAACCCCUGGUUCGUGAGGCUGGAAAGCCCAAGAUGAAGGUGCCUGAAUCUGGUGUCUAGCGUGGGCCCUAUUCCUGGUUUACAGCUCCUCAUUGUUAUUGUCUCAGAUCACCAAAGGGUGGACGGGGAGGAGGGGAAGCAAGGAAAAAUAAGGAAAGAAAGACACUGCAUCCAUCUUUUCACAGUGUGGUCUUGGUUGCGGUGUGUCAAGGACCGAUCUGUAGCAGUCAUUUCCAAACCUGAACAUCGAGGUGGCCAGCCCCUAAGACGGCCCCGCGGAUUCCGGCCUCUUGCCAUUCCUGCUCUUGGGAAAUUCUCUUCCCUCCUCCCUUGAGUAGAUUUGUCUUGAGGGCUCCCUUUGUGUUUGUGGU